UCUGGGGUGACGGUGGCGGGCGGGGCGGGCCGCGCCGAGCCGAGCUGAGGAGCGGCGGCAAAGUCCCGAUUCGGCUGCUGAAGAAGCGGCAGCUUCGGUUUUUAAUUCGGUUUUUAAUUCUCAAGGUCAGAUGCACGAGAGAUAAUUUUCUGAUGGUCUCGACACACAGCUUAUAUUUCAAAUUCUUCUCUUUGAAGAAGCCCUGUGAUCGACGUUCCUUUGGCGGUGAGGCACGAACCUGCUGCCCUGAGCGCUGCCUCGCUGUUCUCACAGUCCUGCAGCGCGCUGUUCCCCUGCAGCAUCAGGUCAACGUGAUGGGACCAAGCAAGCCACCUUUGUCUGAUGCUCCAUUUACACCCACUACCCAGCUGUACAGGAGUGAAGCAAAGUCUUUACGGACACAGCUCCAGUUUAAUACGAAUGUUCCAGCAGUUCCGGAAAACUUAUCUCUCAGAUUUUCUAACCCCCAUCCAAUUAUAAUAGAAAAACUGAAGUCGUCUAAUGAUCAGAGAAAUCUAGGUGGAAGUGAUGACCACAGUGUACAAAGCUCUGGCAUGUUUUCAGUGAUAUCUGAAGAGAGACUGAAAUUGGCCAUUCAUCUAGCCAAAAGGGACAUAAAACGAAGGCAUAUUGAAGAGCAAAUGAAACAACAGGUGUUUAGAGAUGCUGUCAAUAAAUCAUUGUUGGCCCAGAAGUCACAAGAGCAGAAGAACAAAGUAUCUGAAAGUCUAGAAAAGAAAAGUGGGCUUGAGUCUCAAACUCAGCUGAAAUAUCACCAGAAACUUGUCCAGCCUUCCAAAAUGAAGGCUACCACAUCUGGUGCAAAAGUAUAUUUCUACACACCAAAUGAGAGAAUGCUAAUACCAGCUGUUUUAGGCUCUUCACUCACCCAUAAUACAAGACCAGACCCCAAGACAAAUGUUAAAAUAAAGGAAAAUAAAAAUAUCCUUGAAAUCCAACGGCUGCAAAAAGAAUUAAGAAGUUGUGUCCAGAAAAUUGAAGACCUAACUAAAAAAGAGAGAGAUGAAGAAAACUUAGAUGCUGAUGAACAGCAACAAACUUUCACUCAAAGGCAGAAGCAAGCUGCACGAUCAGCUCAGAUGCUAUAUGUACUCCAGCAACAGGUGAAAGAAAUUCAGGAUGAUUUAGAAAAACUGAGUCCUCAUAAAAUCAAACAUACUAAAAAGUCCCGAGUAGUAUCCAGAUUGGCAGCAGCACACAGAGGAGCUAUACGAGCCUUGCAGGCAUUUGCCAAUCAGUUUACUGAUCAAACAGGGCAAUGGAUUCCUACCCACUACAAGGAGCUGGGCAGUCUCAUUCGACAGCUGUCACUCUGUUCUGCCAAACUAGAACUAGAUUCUUCAACUUCUGAUGUUAUAAUAGAUAUUUUGAUGCAAGUUGAGGGUCUGAUUUCAUUGCUGGAAGAGAAACAAACUCCCAAAAAAGUGAAGGAAUGUCUUUCAACAUCACGUGGCAAAUCUCCAGUGAACACUGUGACAUUUCCAGCCAGAAAACAGCUAACAACUCCAAAAGGAGAAAAUAAGCCUCUCAUCUUAAAGGAACAACAUGGACAAGAACCUAGAAAACCUCCAGCUGCCAGAGAUAAACAUCAAUAUGUUGCAAAGAUUUCGGCAGUUCAGAAGAUGAAUAAUCACAUUCAUAUGUUGCAUGAUAAAUUCCAGGAAGCAAAUGAUCUACCUGCUCCAGAAAGAAAUACCAUUUUGCAGGGAAGCCUAGAUGCACUAGUGAGAUCUAGAGCUGUAAAAAAAGAUCCCGUUCUUCAAAGUGGCUCUUUAAAGAAGAAAGACGUGUUAUUACCUACAAAAUCACAGGGAAUGCCUAAAUCUCUAAAACCAAGGCAAGUGCAGCUUCCAGGAAAGCAUGCUCGAUUUCAAGAAACAACUAUAGCUUUUCAGUUAAAAGAGAACAAACGAUUUGUUAAGGAGAGCAGCAUACCCUGGGUGCCUCCAAACACUACGUUACCUCCUGCUUCACCUAAACGACUAGCAUGGCGUGAAGCAGAAGCUUCAAGAAGAAGGAAAGUUCUGACUGAUCUUAACAGAAGAGAAAUGAAAAAAGUACGAAAGUUAAGGUUGCAAGGUGCUUCUCCAACUCAGUGUGCUGACAAAGUUGACAAAGCAGUAUGUAAGCACCUAGAACUUCCAUUGGAUAGGGCACAGCAGAUGAAUAUUUCCUUGGAAACAAACUGUCACUUGAAGGAUCCUUCAAUUAUAAGACGGUUUUCAACUCAAGCAGCUGAGAAGGUUGCAGCAAAUGCAGAUAUUCUCAGUGAAAAGGUACUGGAUGAUCUUUUGGAAGAUACUGCUCAGGAACUCUGGAAUAUGGAGCAGCAUAAGGGACUUCAGGCUGAGAAUCUGUUUCAGACUGAUGGUCCUAGUCUGGAAACAAUGUUGCAAAGAAUGGAAGAAAUUGAAAGAUAUCAGGAAACUGUAUGCAGGAGAUUCACCAAGAUUGUGUACAGUGAUUCAGAAUUCAGGGCCCAAGAGGAUAAAAUUAAUCAACAAAUGGCAUUAAUAGCUCAAACACCUACAUCUCCUCAUUCAAUUCAGAUAACCAAAUUAACUAGACAGAUAGAACCGGAAACUGACAUUUCAUUUGAAAAACUUUUUGAUGACAAUGGCAUGGACGAAAACAAAGAAGCUCAGGAGAAAUUGCUGACUGGAAAUGACAUUCUGCAGCCCUUGACUCAGAAUUCUGUGCAGAAAAAGUCUCAUGUUUCUUUCUCAGUUGCAAAGCCUAUGCUCCAGAGCAUUCUGGAUUAUAGCAGCAAAUACAAGCAUCACCUAAAACUUAUUUUCCAUGAAGCAGUAGGCAGCUUCAAUCCAUGGCAGAUUGCUGAAAGUCUUGCAGAGGAACUAACAGAUGAAGCCCUGCUUGAUGUGGCAGCAGAGCUGCAGGAUGUUUGUGAGGAUUAUGCUGAAGCUGUAUUCACAUCAGAGUUUUUGCAGCCAGCACAGUAAAAGGAGCUCCUUGACUGACACUCCUACCACAGUGAGAAAAGCUGCUGACCACUGGGGCUCCUGGGCACUACUGUGAUUUUAAUGUGGAAUAGAGAUUGGACUGGCAGAACCUUCCUUCUGAAAUACCUCACUGAGAAGAACUCACAUAAAUGUGAAGUGUUAUUUCAUUUCAAGUUGUAAGUACUGUUCUGUGUAGAAGGAAAUGUUAUGUAAGCUGGUAUUCAAAGUUCAGUGAUUACUUCCACCUGUUUAGUGGAGUUUGUCUCUCUCAUGGUCACAUUCCUUAUUGUUUUAUCCCUAGGAAGAUGUCUCUUUUCAUUGAAUAAAAUUGGUCACUGCUGCUGAGAGAUUUUUUAUUUUUAAUAUUUUUCUUUUUAAAAGCUCUUUUAAGCAGCUCCCUGAUUUGUCACGGUAUUUUUGAACUUGCAUAACCUUUUAAGCAAUUAUUACAAGCCUGGCUGUAAAAAUUGCUGAAUUCAGAGAUAAUUCGUGAGCUGUAUGAGUUUCCCUUAAAAUAAAUUCCAACUAUACUGCAAAUGUGCAAAUCUAGCUGUAGAUUCCAGCUUAACAAACAAAAAAAUUGCAUAAAAUUCCCACGGCAUUAAGGUUGUUGUCAGUUCUUACCUUUGCUUCAUUGUUCAUUUGAGGAAAGCAUACAUACACACAAAGGGGACACUGUGAUGGACUGGAGUACGUGUCUUUGGUGGACUGCUGCACCCAAGAGGGCGCUGCUGUUGCGGCUGAUGGUUCAAGCGGCCAAUAUGACACAGUUUUCUAGUGCGGGAAAGGAGCUGGGUGGGUUAAAUGGAUCUAUUCCAACUCGAGAUAUCCUGCAACUGAUUUUGUGACUGGUCACAGCUCAGGGAUGCUGGUGUUACUGGUCUCAGUCUGUAAGAGGUGACCAGGUAAAAAUUCCGUGGUGACCACUGCAGCUUCGGGCUAUAUUGGGCAGUGUUCUUGAUGUUUUCUACUUGGCUUAAAGGAGGCAUUGCACAAACAUGUCAUUCAUUUUUUUUCUGCGUCUGGGAAAACUGUGUGUCUCAGUGAUAAGUGCCUACCUGCAUGGCAGGAUGUGUACCAGGAGGAGGAGGGAGACUAGUCCCUGUUCUGAGCCUGGGUUUCUGGAGCAGGCCGGCUCUUUGGAGGAUACUGCAGGUGGGUAUUAAAUGGUCCACCAGACUGUAAGAUUAGUAUCAGAACUGGGGGAGGAAAUAACAAGAAUAAUAUAAGAAACAUGUUGAGUCUGACUAGCUCCUACUCAUCUGCUGUGGACUGUUUAAUAUAGGGAGAAAUGGUGGUGGUUUUUUUUCAGGACAUAGAUAAUAGUUUGUUGUUUGUUUUUUUUUUAAAUGGUACUUUGUAUGUGGUGGGAGCUGUAACUGAUGCCUACUUAGAGCUGAAGUCUUACUUGGUUAUAGAUUGCCAUAUACCCAGAGUUGCAGAGAACUCAGAGGGGCUAACUACCCAAGUAACGCCUUUGCUUCCUGCGGAUCUUUUGCAGCUUCACUUGAACUGUUUAUUACCACAGCCGUAAAAGUAUUCACAACUGACUGCUGACAACCUAAGGCUAGACUAACUGUGCCAUCUCAGCUGUGAGUGUCACUUAAUUAGCAAGAGCAGAUCUAACUUCAGUCUCAGUGAUGCAGAUGGCAUGGCAGGAUGGUGUGAAGGUCUCUAUUCUGCAGAGGGGAUAGCUACAGCCUUGGCUACCCUUGUUUUCACUGAACAUUACUAGGCCCAGGCAUUUGUCUAGUCUUAUGUGCCUGAUGUGAAUUUCUCACAGCUAUGCAUUCUGGUAUCAGUCAGUGCAGCCUUGGCGGUAAGGGCUGUAUGACACAAGAUUUGUGGUACCUGGGAUUAACUAGAGCUAGCAGCAACCUGGCAGGCAACACAACACCUAAGUCUGCUCCCCAACGCAUGUAUCUUUCUGCUAGAGAAUUUCCUGUGCCUCAGUACUACAAAAUCUUUGCUGGAACAAGUUUCCAUCAGUUGCAAUCUUCUGUUGUGUUUCUAUGGGUUAUGAUUUUGUUCCCUUUGUUUUUUGGCAGAGUGCUUCCACUCUCCUCUGGUUUGUUGGGAUCUGAUAUAACUUGUCUUUUUUUUUUUUUUAAAUUUUGGCUGUAGGUGAAAUAUAAACAAUGCAGAGAGAACUCUAAAAUGAUUUAAUGUUAUAGUGCCAAGAAUUGCCAUUUCUUGGAUCUUGGACAACUUCUCUGUUAGCUUCACUGGCAUGAGCAGUCACAGUUGUUGCUGCCAGAGAAUUUCUCAGUCAUUCAAAGUAAAACAGCAUAGUACAACCCAUUUCUAGUGAGUUACUGAUGUUCAGAUCUACCACCUGCUGUUUUCUCAGAUUCAAUGUAGUGUCUUCUCCUUAGAGCUGCCUCUUGAUUUCUCUGGUGACUUCAAGGUUAUAGCAGCUGAAAUCCAUCCUGACCAUUGCCCUCUUCUCAUCAGCUGCUUUGCUUGAGUCUGCAUACUCUGAAUCCCCAUACCUGCUGAUGGAACUGCACUCAGCAUCCCUGCUUCUUGAAAUAAGAAAAGAUUACUCUAACUUUGGUCAGACUGUGUGGGCUCUAGUGGACAGAGCUCCCAUUUCUCUUCCUUAGCAUUCUCCUGAUUUGGCCCUGAAGGCUGUUUAAACCAGAUAGAACUGGUGCCUGUGUCACUAGGCACAACUGAAUAGAAUCCAGACUUGAAUGUAAUCCAGGAGAUAUUAGCAACCAACUGAUUUUCGGCUUUUUCUGCAUAGGCCCUUAACCAUACAUCCAAAGCUGCUUUCCCUGUCCAGUUUGGGUAAGGUUGGCUUAUGUGGACAGCUGCUUCUCCCAGGGGGACAGUGGUGUCAGAAGAUAACAUUUUUCUCUGAGUUCUCAUCCUCUAAUGGCUCUUACAUAUGCCAUUGCCUAUUGCAUUGAUCUUGUUCUGCAGGAGUUAAUAUGUAAACUAUGUUUUAUACAAGGUUUGAUUUUAAUCAACAUCUUACAAUGCUAUAUAACCCAAUGAUGAUAGGAAGCAUCCCCUGAUAGAGGCUUUGUCUUCACAGAAGUUUCUCUGCUGUAUUGCAAGAAAAAGCACUUGAGUUACCAGUAAAUCUGAAUGUGUUUAGAAUUAAGAGAAAAUGUAUUUGGAUUUAGAUUAUUUUCUUAAAAAGCAGUUGGAAGUAAAAAUAUCUUUGAAGACAUUCCAGCUCAGGCUGUUGCCUAGUUUAUAUUUUUCUUACAUUAUUAUUUGGCUUUAACUCUUGGAGAGGUUCUAUAUCUCUGCUGUAAUGCAUGGAAAAGAGGCUGCGUGCCUUUAUCUACUGAAAGGAAAUAGUUGCACCAUCUGAAGCUUUUGCAGCACUUCAAAAGAAAGAAAAAUGUUCUAGAGGUUUACAUUUUCAAGGGCUGGCAGUUGUCUGCUUUCAAAGUUCAGGACAGCACAGAGUAAUUCUUCCCCUUUCCCUUGGAGGAAUUGUAGUUCUUAUUGCCUUCAAAGGCUGCAGGUAACUGCCUGCUCAGGCAGCCAUAGGAAAACCUUUUGUUUUUUUCCAGACUGGACAGCAAAAUAGCUGUUCAGAGUGAAUGUGUCAGAACUGUUGCUUGUGAACAACAACGAAGGUUAUGCUUUCUCAUAUCUAGAGAUGUGCUUUGCUACUGUGCAAAGUAGUAGCUUUCAGAAAGCUUUCAGCUUUCUUUGGGAAGAAUUAUGGGUGGGGAGACAGCACAUCUGCAGUGAUUCCAAGAUGAUAGUCAUGAUGAUAGAGAAGAAUGCUCUGUAAAAGUAUAUUCUUUGAGUACACUGAACUGGUAUGAUUUGUAUUAAAAAAAAAGUUGAACAAUGCCAUCAGAUUACAUUCUUCUUUUAAUAGUUGGGUCAAAAUUUGACUUUAAAAUGUGUUUUCAUAGAGGCAUUAAUUUGAUAAAAGGCAAGGACUGCAUGUUAUUGAAGGUGUGCUUUAUCUAAGAAGCUGACAAGGAAAAGCGGCGUUAUCUGUGUAACUGGUACAGCAGCAGUACCUCCUACCCCAAGUACCAGCCUUUGCCUACUAUCAUAUUAUGCAAACGUAGUAGCUUGGGAUAUAUCUUGUAGUCUGCCAUCACUGCAAGGUUUAAAUUUGUUCUUUGUUACGUAAGUUGAAUGGACUUAUUAUUUUUUAAUUAAGAACCUCUGAGCAUGGUGAGCAGAGCUUUGGGAAUACAAACCUGGACUUGAAUGCUGCCUCUAGCCAUGCUGCUUUGAUUUCUGUGUCUUCAAAAGGGAGUACAGGACAAAGGAUGGGGAAAUUUAACAUUUACCCUAUCUGAGUAUUUAUGUUCUCUAUACAGUUCAAAUUCUCAGGGCAUUUUAGAAGAAAAAUUAUUCCUCCAGUAAUAUUAGCCAAACGUUUUUAGAGCACAGAAUACAGUAGUUUUUGAAAGCAAUUUGUAUAAUUUGAAUCUCAUGCAGAUGUUAAUGCCAAAAUUUUUGCAUCUUGUGUCUUCUAAGGAAAAGUCUAAUUUCACGUAGUUCAGUAUUUGCACUUACUGAGAAGAUAACACAAUGCAAAAAUCUUACUGAUAAAAUGAUUUUGGAUAAAUUGUGAAGACAUUCUGUUUAAAAGACUGCAUUGUUUUGUGUCUGCAUAAAGUGCUUCACAUCUCUAAAUAGAAGGCAGGUUCUAUUCCUUUCUCUCCCAGUAAGAUUUGAGGAGUAUGAAAAAGAAAUCACCUUCACUUUAAUGUCGGACUGGUUAUUAAAUUGAGUGCAGUUAAUGAAGGACGGAAAUGUUAACAUAGAUAAUAGCCUCAUGGGAGUCUCCCUGGUUGUGUCUUACCUGCAAACUAAAUUCUUCAAAGCCCUAGAAAAACUUCUCAUGGAAAAUUCUGUUCAGGUGAUUGUAAGAAUCUGUUUUGGUGUGGCUUCUAUGUGAAAGCUAACAUGGAAACUGUUAGGUUGACACCUCUGGAAAGUUACUGUGGUCCAUGUCUGUCCAGACUGAAUGCAAAUAUGGAAAGGAUGAAGACAUUAAAAAAGCUACAGUGCAGGUGGGAUCAGUGUCUGGUUUGUAACAAAUAUAUCCCUGGACACGCGUCACUGAUAGAUUCUUGCUAGCAUGAGCCUCUUGUAUGGGUAGCUUUCUUGAAACAAUGCUGAAGUGAUGCAUAACUCUUGUGCUGGCUUUCUGCACAGGUGACAACAUCACCAUUGGAAAUGAGAGAUGAAAUUCUGCCCCUGUGUAUGCUCACUUUGAGUUCAGAGAAGUUGCACAGGCAGAAAGCAAAGUUUAGUGCAUGCUUGCUCUCAAUAACAGAGAAGACAAAUGCUCUUUGUCCCUUUCAUGCUGUUGUCAUGAUAGGUUUUAUGAUAAACAUACAUUUGUCGUACAUUUGAUAGCUGUAGAUAAUAAUGCAUUUUCAAAUGCUUGUUAAAAGUAAGCUGCAGUCUGUUUUUUGUUCUGCUUUCUACUCCAACUGGUACUGGGUUAGCAUGAAAUUAAACUAGAUAUUUUAAUCCUGUUUAUUACUGGCCUGCUCCUUGAUAGGUCACAUCUAUUCAAGACAAACGGUUUGGAAAGUACUACAACUGUAGGGAGCAGCACAGAGUAAGUAGUGCAGUACUCCCUUCAAAUUUAUCCCCAUCUUUCAGAUGUUUUUCUGCUGAGCUAGUAUUUCCAUCAUACCCAUGAAUAUAUUAUCCAUGGUCUUUCUUUGGGAUUGCUUAAUUGGGCAGUUUAGUGACAUUACAGCAUUUUUGAGAAACCAAUUGUGCAGUCACAUCUUUCAGCUGGGGCUUGAAGUGAAACAGCAGAGGCAAUGAGGCUCCAGCCCAAACUUUCCACCGUGGAGCUGUCACCCAUAGAUGUAGUAGCAUAAAUUACAGUUAGCUUACUGGCGCUUGACUUUGGGGUGAAAAUUACUUGGAGUUGUGACUGUUCCACUUAUGCUUCAAACAAAGCCACUUAACAUUCCCUGGGGUUUUAAACAUUGUACUCAGUAGUAUUUGCUUUGAUUGCUUGAAUGAACUUUUUAGUAACGUGAGUGCAAAUUAAAUAUUUAUGUUUGUACCAACCAACCUACAGCUGGAAAGCCUCUAAGUUGCAUUAGGUCCCCGUUGCCUUGUUUGCUUGGCUCUUAAACUGUAUGCUUUCUUGGGCAAAACUUUUGUUUAUUGAGCUUUAUUUGUGGUGUACUGACUGCCACGCUGUAACUAAAUACAGCCCCUCAGCGUUUUUCUGCCCGUCUCCUCCCAUUAUUCCUGUGAGUCAGGCAUCCACUUCUUGCGCUGGGUUUCUCCCAGUUCUUAGGAGAUGGGGAGGAGCUGGCUGCUCUCUGUUUUCCCCUUGGAAGCGUUAGUGAAAGCGAGGGACGCGAAGGGAGAGAAAACAAGUUAUGCCUUGAAAGUUCCCUGCUUCAGCUUGUGCAGCAGAGCGCUGACUUCCAAGGCAGUGUCUUGCAGCAGUUCAGCCGCGGCAUCCGCGCAGGGCUGG